AAAUUAUCACGCGUUAAAUUUUUUGUAUUUUGCUUGAAGUAGUUUGAAGAAAAUGUUCAAAUUUUUCAAUUUCAUUAUUUGAAUUAUCGCUUAAUAGUAAUUCAGUCAAAAUGGAUGCGGCGCUUUACGAAAAUAUUGUGUACGAUUUAAAUCAUUGUAAACUCCCUCACGUAAAUGACAACAUUAUAAACUUCAUAUCGUCGAAAUAUCCAAAUGUAUCGUUAGAAACCUUGAGAAGUAUAAUCGGACUAUGGUAUACAAGAAGAAUCGCCUCCAUCUCUAGCAGGAUGAAAGACAUCAACGUGUACAAAAUGUAUAAAGGGCUAGUUGAUUCGGGAAAUAUGACGGCGUGUUUGAGUAUCGCAGAGAAAUCAGGAUACCCGCCAGCUCUAAUCGCAAAAAUGGUUCUAACAAGUUACAUGGCUGAGAUGCGUCAAAAUAAACCUAAGACAGACGUUAAGAAAGCGAAACAGCUGAGAAAGACCUUAUGCCCUUAUUGUGUCGAUAGGAAAAACGCAACUAGCGUUAAUAAUGCUGACGGCGAUACGCAAGAUGAAGAUACUCCGAUCAAAAAACACAACGAUCCUAGGAUAGAAUUAGCUUUGAAUUUAUUCGACGAAGACGACGACAUUGGAAAAUAUUUCUUAGAGAAAUUCAAAUACUCGCGCGAUGAUAAAAACGCUUCGUUUACGAAAUCUGCCGCAAACAGUAAAUCGAAUAAGUUCUAUUGGCAGGCCAGUAGCUUCGAACAAAUGGGAGAAAAGAACGUGAUGCGGUGUAAGAAUAUCGAACGUUUAUUCGCCAAUCCUAAUUCUUCCAGUUUUAAUGUAAACGAAGCUUCAGAACCGGCUAAACAAAUCAACGGUAUUAACGAAGCACUUAUGAAACGAGCUAUGCCUAAUUCGCGAGAUACUCUCGUCAAGUCGCCUGUUAAAAGUGUUCCUGUUUCGAUUACCACGAAACGUCCGUCCUAUAGAAUCAAAGACUUACUCAACGAUUUUGGUGAUAUGCAAGUGGCAAACGAAGAUAGUACAAAGCCUAGUACCGUAUGUUCCGGUAACAAUUUUCCUACGGAGGAUCCGCCAGAAUACCCACCUAGUCCUGAUAACACGUAUAGAUGUACGUGUAAAAGCUGGUCUAGCUCGGAGGAUUCUGAUAGUGAUGAAGAUUCGGAAGAAACCUGGGAAAAUUUGAACGUUAGAGAAUUACUAGAGAAUACGUCUCUAAUCGAAGACCCCAUUUUGGCUAACGAUGUCCUCAUUUGUACCACUUACGAUGAUCAGUAUGGACCAACGUCGGAUAUUAUUUCAAACUCUUUAGGUGUAAUUUACGAAAGAAUACUAGAAGACCACGUCAAAAAGGCCGGUUUACCAUACAGAACCGAAAACAAACUUCGAGACGUUGGAGUCGACAAAACUCCUGAUAUCAUUCUACUAGUUCCUGUCGCUGUCGAUGGUUUCGUUAUUAAUUGGAUCGAAAGUAAAGCCUUGUUUGCCGAUUACAAACAACACCAACUGUUCAAGAGAAGUCAAUUUAAAAACUACACUAAUAGAUUUGGUCCUGGUUUUGUGAUAUACUGGCAUGGUUAUGUCGAUGACAUUCCUGAACUAUAUUUGGCCAAGAAAGAAAUCAUCGUUCGUGAUACAUUCCCAUCGAAAGAGAGUUUUACGUUUGUUAAAUCUGAUAAAUUUAAGUCUUGGAUGCAAUCUGAAUCCAAUUAAUUUAAUUCAUCGUAUGAAUUUUUAUUAUGUAUAUUUCUGCAACUUAAUAUAAAAAUAUUGUUUUUUUUUAAA